AUGCCCUACCAGUCUCGGACCCCUUCACCAGAGGGAGUCGCGAGUGACCUUAUCUCGCCGGCAGCUGAGCCGAUGGCUCCAUCUCUUAGCGAUGAAGAACUUGCCGACACCGUUGCUGCGGAGGCCCCAAGCGAGCCGGCAGCCUCUCGCCCGACUCAGCGUAGCAGGGGUGGUCGUCGAGGACGCGGAGGCCGUCUUCAGGGCCAAAUUAAAUCGCAUGCGGCUGAGGUAUCGACCAAGAAUGGCGAGGCCCUGGCUUCUAAAGCUGGCGUGAGAGGAAAGCGUGGUCGACCCAGGGGCGUGGCCGAAGAGCCACCAGCCAAAAGGGUCCGUCGCAGCGAAACCGCACCUCGUAGGAGCACAAGGGUGGUGAAGCAAACGGCGGAGAAGGAGACAACUCGUGAUGCGGCCAAGAUCGUCAAAAAGGUCAAGGCUGCUGCAAAAACGCCCCCCAAGCAAGCCAAGCGUCGUGGUCGUCCUCCCAAGAGCGAGAAAGAGAAAGAGUGGGAGGUUGAAUAUGUUGUCGAUAAGAAAAUUGACUCGAAAUCCCAAGAAACUUCCUACUUGGUGAAGUGGAAGAAUUAUCCCGAGGACUCUAACACCUGGGAGCCCGAGGCUAAUCUCGGGAACUGCCAGCGAGCGAUUCGCCUCUUCGAAGCACAACAGGUCUCUGGGAAGAAGAAGGGCAGGAAGUCGAGAGGCUGA